AUGGCGGAGCGCUUGCUGGACCCUUGGUGGGUCAUCGUGGCUUCCAUCUUCAUCAUGCUCCUGCCAAUUCCUCUGGUCAUUGCGACGCGGCCGCCUGCCGCAGUCAGGCUGACCGUUUUUACCGCGCAACUGCUGUUUGCGAACUGGGGCAACACGACUAUCACCUUGGGAGAUGUCUUCCUCACAUACUCUCUUGGAUGCUUGCUCUAUGGCUGGCCAAUCUUCACUGCCAUUCACUUCUACUUCCUAACCGAUCCGUUGACGGAUGGAACGCGGCACUUGUACGAUAGGAGGCCAGCGAAGGACAUGCCUCUUCUCGAGCGCAUCUGGUGGGCAUCAUGUCUUGUUGCAUCAUUUCGCGGCGUGGGAUGGAGCAAGCCGGUCCCCCAUCUUCGGCAGAUUCCUAGAGUACAAUCCCGAAGCUCGUACAUCGUCGAGCACUCGCUGUGGCUGGUCUUCUACGUCCUCUUCGCCGACUUAGUCAACCUGUACCUCAUCAGCAACCCCAUCACAUCGUCUCGCGCUGAUGAGGCGUUCCCCGCGUCCUCGCAGGGACCAGUGUUCCAGGCACUGAAUUCCUGCGCAUUCUGGGCAAACGCGUGGGCGGGGUUCAACAUCCAAUACGAGUUGAUCGCGAUCCUGGCGGUCAGCCUAGGGCUUUGGGAGCCGCGACUGUGGCCGCCGAUGUUCGGCAGUUUCUGGGAUGCGUAUACGGUCAGACGGACGUGGGGGCGCGUAUGGCACUGUAUCCUGCGGAGGUUCCUCAUCUCCCAUGGCAAGUGGCUGGCAAACAAGGUCGGCGCCUCGCCAGGCACGCAAGCUUCUUCCUACAUCCAGCUUUACACGGCCUUCCUCGUUUCUGGCCUCAUCCACGAAGUCGGCGGCCGCCAGCUGGAUAGUACCUUUGGACAAUCAUUGCGGUUCUUUAUCAUCCAAGCACUCUAUAUCACCCUCGAAGACGCUGUCAUCGGGCUGGGUAGGAGACUGGGAAUCAGAGAGAGCAGGGCGACCCGGGCGUUGGGUGGUCUAUCGGUGCUCUUCUGGUUCUCUGCUACGACGCCGGCAUUGACGAGUGUCAUGUCGGAUAUCAAUGGAAGGCCAUAUCCUCCGACUGCCGGGUCGUUUAUCGGGGCGGCUUGGAAUGCGCUGGGCAUGGAGGGGAAGCUGGAAAUUCCAUGGCCUGAGCCUCAUUACUAGGUAUUGCUAUCCAAAAUCAGUGCAUAGUGAUGUCGAUGCAAAGAUCAG